AUGCCAUCUGUUAGUCAUUCUCGUACGAAUACACGUGCGGAAGAAGUAGCACGAAAACUUAAAGGCAUUGAACGAUAUAAUCCAAAUUGUCGUCCAAUGCUUGAAGAAUAUGUUCAAUAUCAAAUUGAUAAUCGUUUUUAUGAUUUUGAUGCUAAUAUGGCUUUAUUAAAAAUGUAUCAAUUUGAUCCAAGUUAUUUUCAAGCUGAUAAAGUUGCAGAUAUUCUUCUUUUGGCAUUAACAAAUUUGCCAAAAUCAGACUUUUUACUUUGCAAAUAUUUGCUUGAUACACAAAAAAGUCAAGAAAAUACACGUGUAGUUGAAGCGUUACAAUUUGCUGAAUUACUUGAAUCAUGUCGAUUUCAAGAUUUUUGGGAAACAUUGGAUCGUACGUCGGUGAAAAUUCCAGGUUUUGAAGAUCGUAUUCGAGAAUUUAUUUGUCAAACAAUAAAUCGAACAUAUCAAACAAUAAAUCGUCAAGAAUUACAUUCAGCAUUAGGUCGUCUCUUUAACAAUGAUUUUGAAGCAUUAAUUAAAGCUCGUGGAUGGAAAGUACUUGCUGAUGAUCCCAAUUAUAUCUGGAUUGCUAAUCAUGAAGAAAAUAUAAAAUCUCGAAAUAUAGUUGAAAAGAUUAAAUUUGAACAUGUUGCACCAGUUAUGAAUAUUGUCUAA